AGGUUCAAAACUGGACCUGCUUCGUUACGGAUAUCAACAAUAUAAAUGAGAAUUGUUGAUAAUAUGGAGGUAGAGAGCGAUGUUUUUAAAGAAAAUGGAGCGUCUUGUCCCAGUGAGGCUGGCCUUAAGAUCCCGGAGAGGAUGAUAAAAAGGGAACAAGAUAGGCUCGAGGACGUGGAGAGAAAGAAAGAAGCGAAAAAGAGCCAGUCUGUCACGGAGGAGAAAAGUGGGUUUUUCACCGCUGCGUUUAGUAGCGAAAGGGCGGCUAUCGAGGAAUUGCUUGUGGGCUGCUCGGGGGAAACUGACCGCACACUGGCCACUCAAACCCUGGAAGAGGUGACUACUAGAACACAGCAGCUCCAGAAAUUUCUCAACGAUAGUAUGGUAUUUUUACCACAGUACGUUUUAAGUCGUGCCCAGGCGUCGCUUCAGAAACUACAGAACUCUCUUGCGGAGAAGAGAGACGAGAUCCUCCCCAAGAAGAGGUUCGCUUUUAGAUCACGCGCAACAAAUACACCCAAAGCAGGCCCACCUUCUGCGGACCCUGUUUCAGUUAUAACGUCUAAGGAUUCUGCCGAAACCGCUGUGGACGCAGCAAUCAGCCCCCCAGAGCAGUGCGGUUUCUCCCAUUUUGAGUCCCAGGUGUUGACAAAAUCAGGUGAGGAAAUCAAACAACAGGAUGUUCUUCUGACCCACCUGACCAACUGCAAGGUCCGACUCCUGGGCUCCCCCAGCACUGUCCACAUCAAACACAUCCAGAACUGUGAAAUCUUUUCCGGGCCGGUCUCUAGCUCUGUGUUCGUGGACCACUGCACCGGCAGCACCCUCUCUUUUCCCUGCCAGCAGCUACGGACUCACCACACCACAAACACACAGGUCUACCUGCACGUCACCAGCCGUGCCAUCAUAGAAGAUUGCAAAGAGGUGCGCUUCGCACCACUCACCUGGACCUACCCUGGUCUUGAUGAGGACUUUAAGGUGUCUGGUCUGGAUCGGAAGAGGAACAACUGGAACCAGGUGGAUGAUUUUAACUGGCUGGCCGUAGGGACCCAGUCUCCUAACUGGUCUGUCAUUCCGGAAGCUGAGAGAAGAACUGAAUGGGACUGACUUCUGGAAACAUUAGUUAAUAAAAUAAUUCUGUCCAUUUCUUUUAAGCACUUGACACCUGAUUCAAUUGGUCAGUGAAAAGGCUUUGUGAGGUGUUCUGUUAAUGCUCACUUGUUCCAUAGGUGUCUUCACAGGAUAAAGUUGUCUCUUGAGCUACCAGUGGUAAGAAAGUUAAUGAACCAUACAUUUACCAAAAAAUAAAUGACAGCCCUCUGUUUGGAUACAGCACUUUUCUGUCACUGUUCAUAAAUCUUUGAAGCAGUGACCAUAGAUUUCAUUAAAGCGUUUGGCUUACUCC